AUGUCGAUUGUUCCUAUUGAGCAUAAGGCUGCUGGGCACGAUGGUAGCUUGCAGUCUGCAGACGGCUCUUUGUUCUUUAAACCAACCACUACUCAAGAGAAGGAUUUUUAUCUCCAAACACAAGCAAAGAUACACGAACUUACAGACGAAAUUGAACUUGGAUCAGAGCUUUUCCAUUGGAUGCCCCUAUUUUAUGGCUCCAUGGUACCAGGUGUCACCGAUCAAUUGCGAGAGCAACAGGCCGAUGUAGACAAAGAUUUAAGCAUUGAUAAUGAAAAACAAUCGCUCCUUCAAGGACAGGAGUUUUUGGUUCUCGAAAAUGUCUUGUACGGGUUUAAAAAGCCUAGCUUGAUAGACAUCAAGUUGGGGAACGUGCUUUACGAUGAGAACUCUAGCAGUGAGAAAAUUGAAAGAAUGAAGAAGGUUUCAGAAACCACGACUUCUGGGUCGUUGCAUUAUCGAAUUUGUGGCAUGAAGAUGCCCGUUUCAACGAAAUCAUUGCCCAAAAUCCAAGGUGUAGAUCUGAACUCUACCGUUACAAAAUCAAGCGACGGGAAUUAUCUGAUAUUUGACAAGAUUUUUGGGAGGUCCCUAACCAAGAGUACAGUGAAGGAUGCAUUUGAAUUAUUCUUCUUCCACAAUAAGCUUCCAGAGAGCAUACAAAUCAUAGCAUUAGAAAAUACGAUACAACGGUUACAACUGUUAUACAACUGUUUGAUUGACCAAGAAACACGGAUGGUGGGUGCUUCGAUACUCAUGAUAAUUGAGAACGACACCGAGAGAUGGGAAGAGCUGGAGCUACAAGAUAUACUCAUAAAGGAACCUGAAAUCGAAGAUGAUUCCGACUCUGAAAGCUCCGAUGCGCCAUUGAGUGCUCUGAAAUUGAUCGAUUUUGCACAUUCGAGGUACACACCAGGAAGUGGUAGCGAUGAAGCCAUUUUAGUAGGAAUUGAGAACUUACUAACGGUGCUUGGUGAAAUUUUUAAAGACAAAACAUGA